AUGCAGCUGAAAACACCAUUGCUGCUGCUAUUUUCGUUUUCUCAGCUGCUCGUUUCUCGAGCAGAAGAGAAAACAUUGACUGCUGAUCCAAUUGUCACGAUAACAAACACUAAAGUGGUUUCUAUCCAAACAGUAGUUGUGACUGAGUUACCGGAGCUUUCUCAUGUUAGCGACUCCUGGCCUCAAAAAAAGAUCGACAAGUUUCUGGAGAAGAACAUUGUUGAACCGGUGGAAGACUUGCGUCAGAACCUUAAGAGACGCACUCAAAAAUACUGGUCGAAAAAGGAGAAGGAUGGCCGUAGUGAGGAAGAGUUGCGUGAACAAGCUGAUGAAAGGGAAGAAGAACUUGAACGGUUGUACAGCUCGUGGUCAAAAUCAGAACUCGUCAAUUGGUUAAUCCAACAUAAUUACAAAAUUCCUGAACCAGGUACGUAUGAGCAGCUGUUGCAGACGGUGAUGCAUGCUUCUCGUACCCUUGUUGCUACAGGACCCGAAAGCUACAACGAGUGGUCUACUAUUGGACUGACAGAUCUGCUUCACAGGCGUGGAGUCAGAAUUCCUAAAGGCGCUACACACAGAGAAUUGGUAGAGCUUGCAAAAAGAUACGUUCCUCCGAACGACGCCGAACCUGACGAAGCGAAACCCGUUUCUGUGAAAAAGGUGGAAAAAGAAAAAGAGGAGGACGUAGACUCAAAGCCGUACGUCGAUUGUCUGUUUUAUCAUUGGUACGAUGGUCGUCUGUUGGCUUUCUUGCGCUCAAGGGGUCAGGCAACUUCAGCUCUUAUGCCUCGUGAAAAGCUACUCGAAGCUGUGUAUGAAACGCGUUUCGAUCCAAGAGCACCCAUUGCGUCUAACGUUCUGGAUGGAUGGUCGACUGCUGAUAUAGCACAAUGGCUAUCAAAAUAUGCACCGUCUCUUAUUCAACCCGGUGAAAACAUCAAGGCAGACAGAAACAUUGCUCUAAACGUCGCUAAAAUGUACUACAGCACGGUUCUUGACGAGCACGACUAUCAGACGCUUGUUGUUUUAAACGAUACUCUUCUGUCUCAUGCGGGCCUUUCAACAAUAGACAGUUGGUCGGAUGACGAAUUAUUGGAGGAACUCGAAGCUUUUGGGGAGCUUGUACCCAUUCCAUUUGAUAAGGCUAAUGCUUACAAGCGGUUACUGCCGCAUUGGAGAUUCUUUAUGUAUGGACCAAGUGUAAAAGACCACAUGAAAUACUGGGCUAAGAAGCUCACCAAAAUAAUCCGGGAUUCGUCUGUUUUCGCUUGA